GCAAUUUCUUUUGUCGAAUUCACAGUCUGCGAAAAUGGCGCCACAGGGAAACAGGAGUCGUGGCAGUGACGAAUCUUAUUGGUGCUUCCAAGCUGACACCAAAGUCCAGCUCCGUGACAGCAGUAAAGUCGCGAUGAAGGAUCUAAAGCCCGGAGACUCGGUGAAAGUCGUUAAGAAGGAUGGCGGACUCGCGUACAGUCCAUACCUUGCCAUGCUUCACUUCGAGCCCGACGAGAACGCAACGUUCUUGCAAAUCUACAUCGACGGGGAAAAAGGGCCGAUUUCCCUGACCCCUGACCACCUGAUAUAUGCUACCAAGAACCCACAAGAAAUCCUCGAGUCACCUAUUCUUGCCAAGAACGUGGAAGAGGGCAUGUUCGUCUUCGUGGCUGACGAAGAAAGCGGGAAAGUGGCCCCAGCCAAGGUGCGUGGGGUCCGGGAGGUCGAAGCAACAGGAUACUGCGCGCCUCUGACUGAAGAAGGAACUAUCAUGGCGGACGGUGUGGCGGCCUCGUGUUAUGCCGACUUUGACCACGGCCUCUCUCACAUGGCUUUCUGGCCGCUCCGUCUACUGUACUGGGUUAUGUCAACUCUGGGGUUCGGAGGGAAAGGAGAGGAUGUGACCAAAGUUGGUAUCCACUGGUACGCGAAGGCCCUGAUGAAAGUGAACAACGUUUUGUUCCAUGUGCAGCCAGCUAUGGCUGUGUAAGCUAGAAGCAUGGCAAUAACCAUGUACACCAACCAGAUUGCUUUUUCCCAUGGUUAUUACAUGUUAACAAACUACUGUAACAUUAUAAGUUGAUACUGGGUCUGUCCUAUACAAGAUACCGGUUAAAACUAAAGUUUUGCUAUAUAUGUAACGUUGAAACAAAGAAAGUGGAUUCAAAACUUACAAAGAAUAGUUCCUCAAUUAUUCAGAUCAGGGUAAACUCAGUAAGCGGUGUUAAAAAAUAAUGACGUUGUACUAGCAAUCCAAAGUAGGUUUCGGUAUGUUUGGUACUCUAUGUCUUACUUUGCGAUUACAUGGCUCCAUGUAGCUAAUAUGAUAAUAUGUCAUUUCUGAAUACCAGUUUGUUUGGUGUUUACUUCUAUUUGUGUGUCGAAGUUAACAUAUCAGAGUGGGCUUAUAUCUGUAGACAAGACCUCUCAGGCACAGCCUAUAGUCCUAUAGAAUACCAUAACUGUAAAACUACUUUACUAAUGUUGCCAUCACUGAAACGUAAUAACUAUCUUCAGUUGUUACAUUUUCUUCAACAUUUCUAUCUGCUUAUUUCCAUAUAGUUUGUGACAUAAUAGGAUGUAAGAGACUACAUAUUGGUAAAACAGAAAGGUGAAACAGCCAUAAAAGAGCAAGUACUACGGUAAAUUUGAACAGUUUCACCAAGUCAUAGAAUAACACACUUCUUGUGCACAUCUAAGUGUACUGUGGAAAUAGUACAUCAAUGCUACAAACUGGGAUUUUUUUUCAAACCUCUGUACUUUGAUCUAGCAUGCCACAAUUGUUAUCUGAAAAUAUUUCUGUAUGCUACAUGGAAUAAAACAUAUUUGCUUCUCCUGUCA